AAGACGGUUGGAAAUGGCGGUUGGGGCGGAGGAGGGGGCUGGGGCGGGAAGCGGAGCUGUCUGGCUCGGUUCCGCCCCCGCCCCGCCAGGAAUCCGGGAGCCGGUUUGUUUCCCGAACCCUUCUCCUUCCGUGCUCCCGACCUUGCAGGCUGUGUGCCGGGCUGGGAAGAAAGUGUGACCCGUUCGAUGGAACAAAGGACAUGACAGCCCAGGCACCAGCCCGUCCCGGUGCGGCCACUGCGGAGUAUUAGGAACGUUCCCUAAAAUGGCGGCCGGCGCGUGGGGACAGGGCGGGAGGCGGCGGCGCAAGGGGGCGGGGCGGGGCGCGGCUGGCCAGGCUUCUGCUCCGGCGACCCCGGCGGUGAGGGCGGGUGGAGCCGCGGAGUCGUCCUCAUGGCCGCCGCGCCUGAGCCCAGUGAGCCCAAGGAGAGGAAGGCCUUUAAGCUCCUAGGAUUUUUAGAUGUUGAAAAUACUCCCUGCGCCCGGGAUUCAAUAUUGUAUGGUUCAUUAGGAUCUGUUGUGGCUGGCUUUGGACAUUUUUUGUUCACUAGUAGAAUUAAAAGAUCAUGUGAUGUUGGAGUAGGAGGGUUUAUCUUGGUGACUCUGGGAUGCUGGUUUCAUUGUAGGUAUAAUUAUGCAAAGCAAAGAAUCCGGGAAAGAAUUGCCAGAGAAGAAAUUAAAAAGAAGAUAUUAUAUGAAGGUACCCACCUCGAUCCUGAAAGAAAACACAACGGCAACAGCAGCAAUUGAACAAUCUUGAGCACAGAAAAGUCGAUGUGAACGAAGUUAAUUAAGAUCAGCCACACAAAACGUUUCAUGUGCAAUAAGCUCUCAAUCAAGUAAAUAAAGUUUAAGUUGUAGUCAUUUUUUCCCCCGCUUGUAUGGAAUGAAAACUUGCCAGUUGAUUCUGGCCCUAUGUCUGCUGCCAGGAGAGCAUUCUUACAUGUUACAUGUAGUGAACGUGUCAUACUUCAAAUGUGUCUGCUGCCAGGAGAGCAUUCUUACAUGUUACAUGUAGUGAACGUGUCAUACUUCAAAUGUGAACAAAUUUAUUGGCAGUGUGGCAAAGAAUGAUAAAGCCUAGUGUUUAAUGUACUUGGAAAGAGUUUCCUUGUAGUAGUAAGUAUAGAGUUUAAUGAUAAGGAAACUUCCCUUAACAAAAACCUCAACCUUAUCACUAGCCCAUUAAAAAGCAGCAACUACUUACUGACUUCUUAUAAGAUUUAAAACGAAGGGAUUUUAUCACUUUGCAAAUUAUUUUUUAAAUGCAUUCAUCAUUUGACCGUAUUCUCCCAUUUCUUAAAAUGUGAGUCAUCUUCCAAAAGAGUUGUUUUUAACUGCCCUAAACAUUUUUGGGAAAGUAUGCAGGGUUUAAAUUUUUAAGUAUAAUUAGUUUUGAAUUUAAAUAUGCACAUGGAGCUUGUUAGGCAGACUGAUGCAAUAGAAAAAUAAUUGCAGUAUUACUAUUAAUGUAAACAAUCCAUUUGAAAGUCAAUGAGCUGCUCCCAUUAAAAUAUUAUUUAAAAUACAAGAAUACCCACAGCAUCUAACUAAAUCCUCAGGAUUUAUUCUCUGGAGAAAUUCUCCCUUUCUAGGAAAAUGAAGUUAUUCCUGGUUUUAAUCGGUACAAUUACUUUAAGAAAAUCUAUUAAAUAUAACAAAACACAAGCUAGAUGCUUAAGAAAUGCUUAAAGAAAUACUGGGGGAAGACACCAGCAGUCAACAAGAUUGUGGCCAUUUCUGGUCCUAUUAUUUUGAUGUACUAUGGAAGGCUCAAAAACAGCAAAGAAGAAAAUAUUUUGAUCUACAUCUUUAUUUCUAAAGAAAAAUGGAGCCUGCUCCAGUUCAAUUCACAAGAACAUUUUCCCUCCCAUGCCCACCUUUUCUUGUGGCUGUCACUAGGAAGGUUAUGAUGCAGAGGCUGUGUGGUUUACCAAAUGCUUUAACUUAGCAGUGAAUGACACUGUCAAACACAUGUUGAGGGAAAAUUUUUACUGAUUCACAAAAAGGAAGACAGUUUGCCCACUCUUAGUGGCAAAAAUCAAAGUUGCAUGCAGUCUACAUUAUCCAAAUUAGUUGUAACCAAAUUGUUAAAAAAUUCUGCCAGGCACGGUGGCUCACACCUGUAAUCCCAGCACUUCGGGAGGCCGAGGCAGGCAGAUCACCUGAGGUCAGGAGUUCAAGACCAGCCUGGCCAACAUGGUGAAACCCUGUCUCGUCUAAAAAUAAAAUUAGCCAGGCAUGGUGGUGCAUGCCUGUGGUCCCAGGUACGCAGGAGGCUGAGGCAGGAAUCACUUGAACCCGAGGUGGGGCGGGUGGAGGUUGCUGUGAGAUUGCGCCACUGCACUCUAGCCUAGGUGCCAGAGUGAGACUCCCUCUCAAAUUAAAAAAAAAAAAAAAAAAAUCCAUAGUAUAUUCAACCAUGUUUUCAGAGGCAGCACUGCAUGAAUGCGGGAAAAUAUUGAUGAUCACUAAUCAAUAAUCUGAUAACUGUGGACAGGCCACUUAUGCUCAGUUAUCCCUUGGUAUCCACAGGCCCAAGUCCCUUGAAAUAAAAUGCCCUCAUAUUUGCAUAUAAUCUACAUACAUUUUCCCAUAUACUUUAAGUCAUCUCUAAUUACUUACAAUACCUAAUAUAAAAUAAAUGCCCUGUAAAU